AUGCAAGACGCACGGGCAAAUGAGGAUGAUGAUACAUCUCCGUUCUUAGUUCGUCUAUUUCACCGAACUGGCAGCUUUCACAGGCCAGAGGAAUUUGCAUCACCAUCUCUACCGUCACAUGUGUCCAUCUACACCUGGUCAACCUGUACACUAUAUGAGCUGGCCCUGGAGCUAGCAGCAGCGAAACCAAGCGCAUUGCCUUCUCCUACUAUUGGCACGAGACUCUCUUUUCAGCUCGUCUGCCCAGAUCUACGUGGCACUAGUACUGUCAACACUGGGCAGCCCAAAUUUGCCGUCAAGGAGCUAGGAAGCAUCGUCAUUGGCGAGGGCUAUCCUGGCGCGGAGAACCCAGAUGAAGCCGACCCCGAUGUCAUGAUGAGAGAUGACAAUGGGAAGGACAAAACACUAGCCGACUGGAGAUUUGUGCGCCACCGUCAAAUGCCAGAAGAGGCUCUAUAUCCAGCGGGCGCGAUAGUCGUGGUGGCACUUUCAGGGGAGGAUUUCCAGGUCGAGACAGCAAUUUUAAUCGCAAUUACGGCCGCCAGAGUAGGCCGCCGAGCUGGAGAGACAACAGAUUCCCGUCUGGUGAUUGGAGGAGAGGAGAGCAGCUACCGGACGGGCCGCCUGGGGGGUCACGAGGCAGAGGACGUUGGUAUUAGGUAG